AUGAGGGUGUUCGUGGACACUAAGUUUGGCUCAACGUUCACCUUUGAUCUUAGUCCCAUCAAUAAACUUUCAGAUAUCAAAAAGCGGAUCGAGAACUCUCAUGGUAUCCCUGUUUCCACGCAAAAGCUCUUCUUCGAUGGCGUGGAACUUCUUGUAGAUCGUUAUCAGCUCCCAACGUAUCGUAUCCUCAGUAACUCUCGCCUCCUCCUCGAAGUACGUGAUGAUCACGUCAACAAUCAAAUGCUCCACCAAUCUCCAUAUGCAACUCAAGGCUUCGUCCCUUCCAUGGCGAUGCGCAACUACGAUCAACUGCCACCGUCCCAUGCAAGUUCGUCUUUCUUUAAUCAAGAUCCGCAUACGAUGGCGAAGAGCAACCAAGUACCACCUUCACAUGCAAGUGAAGCUUUCUAUAAUCAAGAUCGGCUUGAGAGCAACGACGGUCAAGUGCUUCAUCAACCCGAUGUACUAGAGUCAUUUUCCAUGGACGAGUUUCUUGAAAGAGCUCCAUUGCCUUGGACAGCCCAAGAAACCAGAAAAAUGGAAGGUUCCUGGCCUGGGACAACCGGAGACAACGUUAACAUUCAAGAAUCGUGUGGGAGAGACAACGAGAAUCAAGAUUUGGCUCCACCGCCGCAGAAGCUGACAGUAAUCAUGACGCAUUACGAUAAACCUGGGGGUGACUUUCUUGUUGAUGUGAAUGCGAGUGAUAACGUUGAAGAGCUGAGGAAAGAGCUGGAGAAGAUGCAACAGAAGUAUCAGUUAGAUCUGCCUGCAGAAGGGUACUUCUUUAAGUACAAAGAGAGAGUGUUGGUCGAUGAUAAGUCCUUCAGCAUGAACCGAGUAGCUAACGGUGAUACCAUUGAGAUUUUGCCCGAACCUGAUAUCAAGGACUUCUAUACAUAG